AAUAAAAAUCAGGACUUACGACAUGAGAGGCUUCCAGUUCCUGGGUUAACUUGUUUUUAAUGUAGUCUUCCGUGUACUGGGACAUUCUUCUAACGGUACUUUGCGACACGCUCCGGGAAAGCACGGCAAAUCCAGGCGUUUUGACAGAAGACAGGUUAAGACGGUUAAACAUGCUAGGGAAGUGCUAUUAGACUUAUUAGAGGUUAAUAACGACAGUUUUAGGGCAAGGGGUUGUAUAGAAGUUUUAUUUUUUGACAGUAUUUUGGUUGCGAAGUAAUUUUUAUUUAAAUCUUUUCUGAAAUUGUCCCUGAGAGUUUACGACAAAGUGGCGCCCUCUGUGACACCUGUCAUUUUUUUAACGUGAAAUUUUAAUUUAUCUUAAUUUAAUGAAAAACAACCUCUCAUACUUAUUUAAUUGUGCACAGAUUAAAGUGUUCAUGUGUCUUAUGCAACGAUUUUUUCGUGGUUCGUAAAGUGAAAUAUUUAAAAAAGUAAGGUUAUGUCUCAACAACCCCCCGACAGUCGCCAGUUGUCCUCGGAACAAUGGUCUUUUCUCACCCAAUACUUCGUCGGCAACAAUUACCGCUUUCGUGAAAAUAUCAUUAUUCCGAAAAACUUGGGCCCCGUUCAGAUUAAAUCAAAUGAAGAGAAAAUGGUGGAAGCAUUUUUUGAAAGCUGCCCCUUCAAGUCUUUUAUGAGUUGCGUUAUGGGGUACGGUUUAGGGGCUGCUAUUGGUUUGUUUUCGAGUAGUGUAGGACCGACCGCGACGAACGUCGAACAACAAACAGCAAGACAGGUCUUCCAAGACAUGAAGAGUACGACACUAAGUUAUGCAAAGAAUUUUGCUGUUAUUGGAAUGAUAUUUUCAGCGGUGGAGUGCUCUAUAGAGACGAUGAGAGGGAAGUCGGAUUGGAGGAAUGGAACAUACGCGGGUGGCGUAACAGGGGGUCUUAUUGGCUUGAGAGCUGGAGUGAAGGCAGGCGUACUGGGGGCCGCCGGGUUUGCCGCGUUUUCGACAGCCAUAGAUUAUUACAUGCAUUCUAGGUUUUAGUGUAAAGUUUUAAUAAAUUGUUAGGUGUA